AUGUCGGUGGAGGCCUCUCGGGCCAGGCUGGUGGUGGGCGGCAGGAGACGGUCAGGUCCUGAGGCUUCGCCCUGCGAACUGACAAGGGGCAGCGAAGGGUCCACCGACCCUGUCCUGCUCAGCCCUGGAGCUGGGCAGAGUCUGGGGGAGCCUGGGGAGCUGGGGACACUGGAGCCUCGGGGCGUGGACCUGGUGGAGGUUGAGAAAAUGAAGGGUUUUGUGAGUCGCAGCCUCGUCAUAGGAGAAGCUCUGUCCAUCGCCGACCUGGCCCCAGGGGUGAAGUGUGGGAUCAUCUACUGGCUCUUUGGUGGUGCGGUCCAGAAUCUCAGGAGCCCGGGGCAUGUUACUAAGUGGCUUCAGCCCAUCCAGGAGCAGAAGCGCAUGGGGAUGUUCACACUGACCGAGCGGGGCCACGGCAGCAACGUGAGAGGCAUCCAGACGGAGGCCACCUUUGACCUCUCAGCACAGGAGUUUGUCAUUGAUAUGCCAUGCGAGGACGCCCAGAAGAUGUUCAUCGGAAACGCCAUGCACGGGAACUAGGCGGCCGUCUUUGCCCAGCUCUUCGUGGACAGAAGAUCUCAGGGGCCGCACUGCAUCGUCCCUGUCCGGGAUGAAAAGGGACGCUUGUCCCUGGGGGUGACAGCCGUUGAUAUGAUGCACAAAGAGGGUCUGCACGAUGUGGACAAUGGGAUUCUAAUACUCAAUAACUUUCGGAUACCAAGGGAGAACCUGCUGGACAAGUUUGGCUCCGUGACUGCAGAGGUACAGUACUGGUCACCCAUUAAGGACAAGGCCGCACGGCUCAAUGCCAUGCUGGCAGUGCUGACCCCUUCGUGACUGGCUGUGGCCUUCCAGGCGAUGGGUGCCAUGCAGCUUGGGUUGAUGAUAGCCAUUUGCUAUAGCCACAGCCGGAGGCAGUUUGGGUCCAAAGCCAAGGAAGAGGUCAGGCUCAUCGAGCACCAGACACAGAGCCUGCGGUUGAUGCUGCACCUGGCCACGGCCUUGGCCCUGACCUUCACCAGCAGGUGUGCUGGGCUCCUCCUGGACGAGGUCAUCUUCCGUGGGAAGGAGCUCGCCCACAGCUGCUCCCUGCAGGCGCCAGUGGCAGGGCUGAAGGCCUGCAGCACCGGGGAGAAUGUCAGGUGCCUCUAGGACUCCCGGGGGUGCACUGGAGGCAUGGGUUACAUGAUGGAAAACCGGAUCUCAGGCUGAAAUGACUCAGAUGUGCUGGUAACUUUUGAAGGUGACAACGUCGUGCUGCUUCAGGGUGUGGUGUGGGAACUGCUAGCUCAGCGCUGCAGACGGCACCAAGAGGGACCCCCGCUGGGCCUGCUCGGCAGCUGGGCCACGGCCCUGGGCGACACGCUGAGAACCAGUUUCCUGGCCUUGAACACGGACAUGGUUGGAGAUCUCGUCUUUCUGUUGAAAGCUGUGAAUUUUUGUGAACAAGUUCUGCAGCAGGGUUUGGUGGCCAGAAUUUAUGACAAGGUGAUGACCAAGAAGGAGGACUUUUUCGGGGCCUGGAACUCCUGCCUUCCCCACGUCACUCGCCUGGCCCUGGGUCACAUUCAGAGAGUGGCCCUUGGCAGUGACACGCUGUCCCCACUGAGAGGACGGGCUCUGCUAAUGAAGUUUUGCCUGCUGUACGGGACCAUGCUACUGUCCGAGGAGUGAGCCUGGUAUUUGGAGCACAGAUACUUCAGGCCUGCAGCCUGCAGGCGGAUCUGGACCCAGUUGCCGGGUUUGUGCGACGCGGUGAAGGACGAGGCCCUGAGGGUGACCUCCGCCUUCAGCAUUCCGCACACCGCCCUGCACGCACCGACCGCCGACCCCAACCCGCGGGCCGCCUGGGCCUUCUACCGGGAGCCCCGGCAGCUCCCGGCCGGGGAGGGAGCGCGCUGCCAGCGGCCCAAGCUGGGAGCCAAGUUAUAGCGGGCGUGGGUCGGGCAGGGGAGGGAGCAGAGGCGCGCGCCGGGCUGCCGGGCAGGGGAGCUGGGCCGCGGGGCGCGCAGCGCUU